CAAAGCCUCCGCAACCUGAGGAAGAAACUGAAUUUGUUGAAGAACAACACAACUAAAUCCAGUGUAAAGAGUGGCAGCAACAGAAAUGUCACGUGCCCUCUCCCAGAGCCACUGGAGAACGGCCGGAGCUUGGGUGGAGUCCUCGCUGUGGGUCACGAGGUCCACUUCCUGUGCAGUCCUGGAUAUGAACUGGUGGGCUCCGAGACCAGGGUCUGCCACGAGUCUCUGAGCUGGAGUGGACCGGAGCCUUACUGCAAACUGGCUGGGCAAGCUGACAGCUCGGUUACCUCGGCAGUGACCCCAGCUCCUGCUCUGUCUCCUGCCCCCCUCCCGGACUUUGUGCGCGCCUCGCGCUGCAUCCACCUGCAGGGCUCCACCCACUGCACCUGUGAGAUGGGCUACACUCUGACCGGCACGGACAACAGCAUCUGCACAGGUGGGACCGAGUCCACGUCCAUACUCAUCAAUGUGAAGUGA